AUGCCUGGAAUUCUCCCUAUGAAAGUGAUCAAGGUCGGCAACGGCUCGCAAAGUCGUAUAGCCCAAGCCUGCGAUCGGUGCAGAAGCAAAAAGAUUCGCUGCGAUGGAAUUCGACCAUGUUGUACACAGUGCGCAAAUGUCGGUUUCGAGUGCAAGACAAGCGACAAGCUUAGCCGUCGAGCGUUUCCUCGAGGAUACACGGAAUCAUUGGAGGAACGAGUGCGGACUUUGGAGGCGGAAGUGAGAGAUUUGAAGAAUCUAUUGGACGAAAAGGACGAGAAGAUCGAUGUGCUAUCGCGUAUACACUCUUUUUCGCCCGCUUCGCAACAAAGAGUUCAGGCUGCGUCUCAAUCACCCUCCUCUACUGAAUCUGCUCGCCCCAAGCUGUCCGAGGCUGCCGAAGAAGCCAUUCAGAUCCCGGAAGUACCAUCUUCAACUGAGUCACUUGAUAGUCUGUGUGUCGGGCUUUCGAGUGCUCGCGGAUUUUUAGAUGUUUUCGCAAAAGAACUCAAAGAGCAGGGACGGCCUCUUUCUGGCAUUUCCACUCAGGCUUUGACAGCCUCGCCUCCGGCCAUCUCCCAUGCUCGCAUUGAUCAAGCCAUUAAAACAGCCCCACGACUUGUCUCUGACCAGCUCAUCAACAUCUUCUUCCAAGAAUGGGCGCCUCUCUACCCCGUCGUCCAUCGGCCGACCAUACUCAAAGCUUAUGAAAAGUAUCUAUCGAACACAGAGUCUCUGCAGGGCAGUACACAUGACAUGGUGCAACUAAACCUGAUUUUCGGGAUUGCUGCUCUUGCUUCUACUUCACGAACUAACCAGGACCCCACCUUCUUCGAAGACAACUGGUCAUCAACCCUCGAGUCUCUGUCAAACAAUAUUUCUAUCUCGACAUUGCAGUGCUACGUCCUUGCUCAGAUGUAUUGUAUGACCAAGGGGGACUACACAGGACUUCUCCGCUAUCGCGGCCUCGCCGUUGGCCUUUGUCAUCAACUAAGGCUCCACCAGAGCCAGAAGCGAUUUUCUUCCAACCCGCUCGUUGCUGAGACUCGUAAGAAGGUGUUUUGGUGUCAAUACGUCCUUGACCGCCUUACAGCUGCUUUGACCGGACUGCCAGUCCUCCUACGUGAAGAGGAUGUCCGUACUGAAUACCCCGAGGACGUUGAUGAUGAGAAUGUCACGGAGACCGACUUCUUGCCGACUUUGCCGGGGGAGUCGACUCGCAUUUCGAGCGCCCUUGCACUAUUCGGAGCAUCUCGAGUUCUGAACAAGGCUCUGGAGUAUAUUUUCCCUUCGGACGGUGGUUAUGAGGUAUUGGUGUCGAAGAUGCGCUCGGUUGCCGAGCAACUGGACGCAUGGGUAAAGACACUGCCUGCUCACCUCCGUCUCGAAUUCUCCCAGGACAAACCAAGUACAAACAUCACAAGCAGCCGAUCACCCCUCCUGUCUCUGGUUUAUUAUUAUAUCCGUUCUCUCAUUCAUCGCCCCGCUGUCUGCUUUGGCGAAGAGCAUAUUCGGUCUCCGUCAAUUCUGGCUACUUUUGACUCGUGCAAGCAUAUUAUUCAGAUUCUCCAGCUGCUUGACGAAAGGCGUCUUUGUCUCUCGAUCAGUGUUAACCGGAAAGAGCUGGUGUUCACGUCUGGUUUGGGGCUUCUGUGGCAAAACACGGGGCUCAAACGCGAGGGCAAGCUCCUCAAGGAGUGCCAGAAGUUGCUUACCGCGGUUAUUGAUCAACUCGAACCCGAGUCGGCUCGAGCAGCAGCAGAGUUCAGCUCGGUAGCCAGCCUGUUGGUUUCCUUCGACAGUGACAAACGCGGGACCUCCGUCAAGAACCAGUCCAUGUCCCCACCUGCACAGAAGCCGCUUAAGUCACCCAAGAAGCAGCUGCAUUCUGUGAAAUCACGGUCGGCUAGCGAUGAGGUGCCAAAUCAGCCCACCGAAUCGCUAUCGCGCAGAGCGACCAUUCCGGGUACAAGUCUUGGUGCCCCUCACCGUCAUCUUCGAUCUCCCAGUCGGGCUAGCUUGCCAUCUGAGAAUUAUCCCGCUCCACAACAGUCCAUGAACAGGGCUUACUACACGUCGCCGUCUAUGACACAUGAGCACACACAGACCAUGUCGAGCUCGGCUCCCUCGAAUGCCGCCGCGGGUCCGAUGAGUAUGGCUGACUGGGAGUUUGUUCUGAGUGACAUGGAUCACGGCUAUUCGAACAUAUUUACCGGCAUCUACGGGGGCAAAGAAUGUGGUGAGGACAGUGGUCCAUUUGCUUCUUUGACUGCGGGCUACGUUCCAGCGGAUCAAAGUCCCAUGCCGCAGUCUGCGUCAACCAAGGAUGUCCCGGGUCUGUCACCUGAAGCGUGGUCGGCGAGCAGCAACAGCGACAUGUUGCCGAACCAUGAGGUCAACCCUGCGCCGCAGAGCGUCCUCAGUUUCUCCGACGAGAGCAUGAGUGCCGAGGAUAGGUUGCCAUACCAUGAUUUGCAACUGCCUCUGGACGAUUUGGACCCAUUCCGGGGCAUCAUGAUCCCGGCAAUGGACGACGAGAUUGAUGAAUUUGGAAUGACUCACGGUUGGGACCGACGGCUGGCCGUCUGA